CCUGGAGGAGGUCGGGGCGCUGCCCGCGGGUCCCAGCACCCCAGAGGCGGCCGAGGCGCAAGGGGCCCUCUCGGCGCUGCUCUGCUCCUGGCUCGAGGGCCACCCCGAGGACCUGGGGGUGGCCCUGGGCACCCCCCUGGGCCGCCGCUUGGUGGCCGCGCUGGCGCCCGGCUCCGAGGCCGCCCGGCGCCUCGAGGCCACCGGUGUCCCCGGGGCACCCCCGCCGGCGGCGGCACCGCCCGAGGACGAGGACGAGGACGGCGCCGGGGACGCGGAGCCCCUGGACAUCCUGGGCUUCCAGGCGCAGGAGGUGGCCGAGGAGCUGACGCUGACGGAGGCGGAGCUCUUCAUGCGCCUGGUGCCCUACGAGUGCCUGGGCUCGCUGUGGUCGCGGCGGGACAAGAAGGGCCGCGAGGACGCGUGUCCCACCGUGAGGGCCACCGUGCGCCAGUUCAACCGCCUGGCGGGCGCCGUGGUCACGUCCUGCCUGGCCAGCCCGGAGCUGCGGCCACCCCAGCGUGCCCGGCUGCUCGAGAAGUGGAUCCGUGUGGCCGAGGAGUGCUGCGCGCUGAGGAACUUCUCGUCCCUCCGUGCCAUCGUCUCGGCGCUGCAGUCGAGCCCAGUCCACCGCCUCAAACGCACCUGGGACGAGACCACGCGGGAGGCCCAGCGCAGCUACGAGGAGCUCAGCGCCAUCUGCUCCGAGCAGGACAACCACAGCGCCGGCCACCAGCUGCUCUACCAGGAGAGCCCCCAGCGAGCGCCGGGCACCGAGAGCACCCAGAGGCGGCAGCCGCGGCGGCCCCACGAGCAGCGGCCCCUGCAUGUCCUUAGCGUGUCCCUCACGUGUCCCCGCAGCCACAGGCUCUCCUGCGAGAUCGAGCCCCCCGGGGAGCCGCCCCCGCGGCCACCGAAGCCCUCCCUGGUCAUCACCCACUGCACCGAGCUGCUGACGUCGGUGGGGACGCCCUCGGUGACGUGGGAGCAGCCGUGUGCCCCGGCCGAGGCCACGGGGACGCCGCCGAGCCCCGGCCACCUCCUGUCCCGCCUGGCGCAGCACGUCAAGUGGCCCUCGGUGUCGGCGCUGGACGAGGCGGCGCCGGCCGCGCUGUCCCCCGGCGUCCCCCGGGGCCACCGGCGCUCAGCCUCGUGCGGCUCGGCCGUCCCCGCCGCGUCCCCGUCCGACUGCCGCAUCAUCCGGGCGCGCAUGGAGCUGCACAACGGCAGCCUCUACAAGAGCAUCCUGAUCACGAGCCAGGACAAGACGCCGGCUGUGGUGGCCAAAGUGCUGGAGAAGCACGGGCAGGACGGGCAGGACGCCGGGCGCUUCCAGCUCGUGCAGCUGCUGCCGGGCGAGCGGGAGCUGCCGCUGCCGCCCUCGGCCAACGUCUUCUACGCCAUGAACGGCGCCAGCCUGGACUUCGCGCUGCGCCCGCGGGCGCCCGCCGACCUCAGCGCCACCUUCCCCAAGGCCCGGGCGGCCGGGCGCCGCCGGGCCCUCUUCUGAGACGUCCC